UCUUCUUCUUCAUGUUGCCUUCUGAGUGCUGAUCUUCCCAAACGAUUUCGAGUUAUUCUGCCGCCCACGCUUCGUCGCCGGCCCGUAAUUGAGUUAUUGCGGGUGAAAUAGUGCGACGGCGUUCAAUUUCUUCGCCAAUUUCGAUCAGAAACACAAUUUAUUCGAGAUUUCGAUCAAGCUUGUGGCUUUUAGCAGUAGAGCUUGGAUCUGAUUAUUUUUUUUGAAAAUUUCUGGUGUCUUAAGGUUUGAAUGGCGGACUUAGAGAAAUUGCUCCUUGAGGCGGCAGGAAGGACAAGUACUCCUGGGAGGAACAGGCAUUCAUCUCCGCCAUCGAGGAGGAGGCGAAAAGGCUCAUAUUCUGACGAUGGAAGUGACUCAAAAAAUGAUGAUUCUGAUGGUGAUCGUGGCUAUUCUAGUAGAAAGCCUUCGGGCUCACAGGUGCCUCUAAAGAAGAGAUUGGACCCUGCAGAUAGAGAUGAUGACCGUAGUAGUGAGGAAGGUGAUGAGAAAGAUGAUUAUGAUCGUGAUCGUGACAGUGACAAUGAUUCCGUUGGGAGUGAUUUAUACAAGGAUGAAGAUGACAGGGAAAAAUUAUCAAAGCUUACUGAGCUCGAACGUGAAAUGAUACUAGAAGCCCGUGCUACCAAGAGGAGUGAUCGAGAUUUGACUGAGAAGCUGAAAAAAAGGAAAGGCCAAGACAACAGAAAAGGAAGUCCCCCUAAAGCGCCUACACGUAACAUGCGGUCGAAAGCUCAAAGGGCGGGUGCAUUGGAUGAAUUGGUUAAACGAAGAAGAGAGUCAGCUAAAGGAUCUGGCAGCCGAUACUCACCUGUGAAGAGAAGAACUAUCACUUCUGCAACCUUGAGUAGCCCUAGCAGGAGCGAGAGUGGAUCUCGCAGUGAUGGAGAUUUGACAGGUGAUGGUGGAUUGGCUGAUAGUGAUGAUGACAAGAUUCUGUCGGAGUCCAAAGUGCCAACAUUUGAAGACAUCAGGGAAAUCACAAUUCGCAGGUCAAAACUUGCAAAGUGGUUCAUGGAGCCCUUCUUUGAUGAACUUAUUGUUGGCUGUUUCGUGCGAGUUGGAAUUGGGAAGUCAAGGACUGGUCCUAUCUAUAGGCUUUGUGUGGUACGGAAUGUUGAUGCUACAGACCCUGAUCGACAGUAUAAGCUUGACAAUAAGACUACACACAAGUACCUGAAUGUGGUUUGGGGCAAUGAGAGCUCUGCUGCUAGGUGGCAGAUGGCAAUGAUUUCCGAUGCUGCUCCUUUAAGGGAGGAGUUUGAUCAGUGGGUUAGGGAGGUUGAGCGCAGUGGUGGUCACAUGCCUUCAAAACAGGAUGUUUUGGAUAAGAAGGAUGCCAUCCAGAAAACAAAUUCAUUCGUCUACUCUGCAGCCACUGUAAAGCAGAUGCUGCAGGAGAAAAAAUCAGCCACGUGGAGGCCGCUAAAUGUUGCAGCAGAGAAAGAUCGUCUGAGGAGGGCGUUGGAAGUAGCCAAGGAGAACGAUGAUGAGGUAGAGGUGGAUAGGAUAAAGGCGAGGCUAAAAGAAUUGGAAGCAAGUCGCCGGGUCCAGGUGAAAGACUCCAAGGCAAUUAAGCUGGCAGAAAUGAACAGGAAGAACAGGGUGGAGAAUUUCAAAAAUGCAUCAGAGCUGAAGCCGAUAAACUCUGGUUUGAAAGCUGGAGAGGCCGGGUAUGAUCCUUUCUCCAGAAGAUGGACUAGAUCGAGGAAUUAUUACGUGGCGAACAGCAAUGGAGGAGGAGCUGCUGGUGUGCCGAAUGAUGAAGCAGUUGCUGCUACACGUAGUGACAAUGGAGCGGGAGGAGGUCUCGCAGAGAUGGGAAUGGAAGCUACAGCUGCGGCCAUUGAAGCAGCAGCAGAUGCUGGUAAGUUAGUGGACACAAGAGCUCCAGUUGAUCAAGGGACUGAAUCAUACAUGCUACAUAAUUUCGAACUGCCCAUAUCGCUAGCUGUGCUUCAGCAAUUCGGGGGCCCUCAGGGAGCCCAAGCCGGAUAUAUGGCUAGAAAACAGAUGAUCGAAGCCACUCUCGGGGUGAGAGUGCCUGAGAGUGAUGGGAGGAGACACGCACUUACCCUGACCGUCAGCGACUAUAAGAGACGGAGGGGUCUGCUCUGAAUCCUCGCUUGUCGGCUGUUUUACCCCGUCUUCGUCUCAGCUUCGUACUCGCCUUUGAACUGGUUAUGUUAUCUCAGUUGUGUGUUCAGACUAGAGUGAGUUAUGGCAAGACUACUUCUAAGAUGAAAGGAAGAUUGUUAUUGCAAGAAUUGUCAAACAUUAUAUGUAAGGGGACAUCGUUUGCUCAAUAAUAUCCUCAUUGCUCUA